UAUGUAAGCCCGCUGAUUGUCGGCAGCAGAUCGUCAACGCUACAAAGAGGGCUCCUGCCACCAAAAGUCAUGGUAUCCGACAAUGUCGAAACACAUAAAGCGAUGUUGCUGGCAGAUGCUGGUGCUACCAAUUACACUCGUCUACACAGUAUGACGAGCGAGAAGUUCGGUCCUCCGAUUGGUGAUAGACCGUGUUUGAAUGAUUCAGAUGUGUUGGUUUACAUGAACAACGAAAAAGUUCGUGAGGCGUUGCAUAUACCGUCUAAUCUUGGCGAAUGGGAGAUCUGCAGUGUUCCGGUUAGUGAAAAUAUUGAACAAAUUGUCGAGAAGACUAAUAAAUAA